AUGCCUGUUGUCCCAGGUAAUGCCUUUUCCGAACAGGCCAGUCGGAAGCCUGCCAAUACUUCGGCCUCGGAUGGUUUUGAGACUGUUGAUAACAAAAGCAACGGCAACGAAGACAAGGCUGACGACGGUCACCACAAAGACAUGAUGCCGCGCCAUCGUCGAGGCACAGCUAUUAGCUUUAGUACUCGUUCUCGUUCUCGUUCUUAUGCUCCGGUCGAGUUCAUGGACUCUUUGGCGCCUCCUCCCCUCGAGCCUCGCAGGCCUCAGGUUGUCCAGCCUGCUCCGCCGGUCUCGCGUGCUGCCGCUGCGACCUAUGUUCCUGUUCCUCUGGAUGCUAACCAAGUCAAUCAGAACGAAGGCAGAGCUCACCGAAGAAAUCGCGCGUAUACGGAUCCUGCGCCUUCUUCAGGUAGAGCUAAGCACAUCUUGCAGCAAUCGAAGCAGUUCAUGGCUGAAAUCAAGAGCAAACUGCACAUUGGCAGCGGUCAUGACAGCAGCAGCAAAAAGAAUGACUUUAAACACAAGCUGCUUCCCGUGGGCACUUCUGCAAAGGUGUCUGCGGUUCUCGGCGUCAAGAUUGACAAAUGUGGAGCGGGAGCUGCCAAGGAUAACACGCCUCAACCUUCCUCGUCCAUCUUUCCACCGGGUCCGUAUUACGGCCGUAGUGAUGGCCAGGCCUCAACCGGAACUGUUCUCGCGUGGCAAAGUCCAGAACCCAGCUCUCGAUUCUUUAAUGAGAAUGUGAAUGGCUCUGGUCAGAACAAUGGGAACGUCCCCCUUCCUCAUGAGGCUGCCCUUGGCGUGUAUGGUCCGCCUCAGGCCCAAGCGCUCAUUCUGAGUCAUGGAAUCAUUGCUCCCUGCCGCAACGGGGGAUAUGGUCGUGUGGUCCAGGUGGCUGUCACUCAGCAACCGCGCCAUAUCGCUUCCAUGGCUGCCGUCAUCGAUCAUGUUCGCGAUGAACAGCAUGAAGAAGAGCGUGAACACUUGCAGUUGAUGCAGCCGCAGACCGUCGAUGAUUCUCCUCCGACUUUUCCGGCUCCUACCACAGCUGAAGAAUACCCCAUAUGCUAUUCUCCAUCAAUCUAUGACGAGUAUGAUGAUGGCCCACCUCCAACGCCGGUGAGAGAAACUUCCGCCAACACUCUUCCCACUCCUGCUGAGCCAGGCUAUGACAAGGCCGAACAGCAGACUGCUCCAAUUAACCAGCAGCAGCAUGACUCAGAGCACCAUGCUAUCAAUGAAACCCACGUGAAUGGCCUGGAAUCUGUUGAUACCGACCUCAAGCAACCCCAGCUCGCCGCGUUGGAGCGCCAAGCUCUCGAAAGUCCGCUUGCAGGCGUUGCCUUUACUGACAACGUACCUUUUCCACCGGACUAUCAGGGACAUCUUGCGCUUGAGCAACACUCCAAUCUUCAAAAGAGCACUGAGAUAUCCGAUUUCUCCCAUCCUCUUGGCGACGAGCUUGAUAAUCAGAUUAAUGUUUCCUCGCGAGACCAGGACUGGCAGGGUAGACAACUCUCAGAAGGGUUGCAUGAUAUUCGCGACAUUUAUGACGCCCUUGACGACCAUAUCAAGCACCAGACUGAUGAGUUGGAGCAUACCGGUGCCUUGAUGGCUGAGAAAACGAAUAAAGGUCCGGACACCCUAGAUGCCAUACAGGAGAGAUUGGAGAAAUUGAUGGAACUUAGAGAGGAGCAUAUUCGUCUCCUUCACAAGCUGAAAGAGCACAUGCAAACCCAAGACUUUGACACAAAGAACUCCUUGCCAAGCGCUAUGAAGGGUGGAAGGGAUGCCGCAGCUCGUUUGGCUCUAACUGCACCAGCAGUCGACGAACGGGCCGGCCAGCGGGUUCGCUUCGCGGAAGCUCCACAGAUCCGCAGAGUUCCUGGCAUUUUUCAACAGCUAAAUGAUCAUGCUCAUUAUUCCGACUCCUCCAUGAGAGAGCAAACAGACGUAGUUCAGAAUCCGAGACAAGCUCCCCAAUAUUUAGCUGGUCAACAGUGGUAUCGUCAUCAUAUGGCGUAUGACCACUCUAGCCAAAACUAA